GGGGUGGAGCCGCUGUAUGUGUGUGUAAUUUUACGGUGUUUGGAAAUUGUUUUUAAAGCAGCAACAGCACCAAAAAAAAAAACCUUUUUCUUUUUUCUAGGACAUUGAUUUUAUCUUUUAAUGGCGAUACCAUUGCUUCCGAAUAUACUCGAGUCGUAUGUACCAACGACACCGGUAUCUCGUAUUCAUCAACAGCAUGAUAUCGAUGAAUUUAUAAAGACAGCAGCAUUUGAUCGCAUCAUGACGUUUGUCAUGUUGAUUAAUCAAAGUGUCAUGAAGAAAAAGAUAUCCGAUCCCUGUCAUAUAUCACCCUUGACACAAGGUAUUUUGGAUAUGCUCGAUACGUUGGAUGGGUGGUUAGAAGAGUUUCCUCCUUUAGAGAAUGCCCAAAGAUUUGGUAACAAGGCGUUUCGGUCUUGGGUGGACAAGUUAAGCGAGUGUUCAAACGAGUUGAUGACGCGUGUUUUACCCAACGCACUUCAUGUGGCAAUUCCUGAGCUGACAGAGUAUUUGAAUAAAGGAUUUGGCAACGAGACAAGAAUUGAUUAUGGAUCUGGACACGAGUUAAGCUUUGCAGCAUGGUUAGGGGGGAUUGCUCUAUUGGGUGGAUUUGAAGUAUGUGAUUAUCAGGCGAUUGGAUUAAGGAUCUUUGUAAAAUAUCUGGAACUGGUGCGCAAGAUUCAGAAAAAGUAUUCGUUGGAACCAGCCGGAAGUCAUGGUGUGUGGGGAUUAGACGAUCACCAGUUUUUACCGUAUGUUUGGGGUAGCGCUCAAUUGAUUGAUCAUCCCAGAAUUACACCCAAAUCCGUGUUAAAUAAGGAGAUGGUGGAAGCAUAUGCCAGUGAGAACAUGUAUUUCAGGUGUAUUCAAUAUAUUCUAGAGGUCAAGCGCGGACCAUUCUUUGAGCAUUCGCCCAUGUUAAAUGAUAUUGCAUCCGUGUUGACGUGGAGUAAAGUGAAUUCAGGAAUGACGAAAAUGUAUGUUGCUGAAGUACUGAAAAAGGUGCCUGUGAUUCAACACUUUAAAUUUGGCGGGUUAUUCCCGUUUGAAACAGUUGUGACUCCCCAUUAAAUUUAAUAUAAUCUGCCCAUAAAAAUUUCUCUUUUUUUCUUUUCUUUUUCCUUUUUCUUUUUUAAAAAAUAUUCAAUUUUAUUACAUAAAAAGAGAAAAGAUGAGGUUUCUUCAUGAUGGCCAUUCAAAA